UAUUGAGCAACUCCUAGUUGGACAGGCACAUUCAUAGACUCAAUUUCCCAUCAUUCAACCAUUAGCUCUUUCCCUUUCCCUUCUCUGGAGGAACAAAUGGCAUCUUCUUUCCAUGCUCGUUCAAACAGCUUGCCCUCUAGAUCACACCCUCUUGUUUUACAAUGCAAUGAACACCUAGACCGAUUAAGGGCCUCUUGUGAAACCUGUUCUUCAUCAUUGCUUGUCCAUAACCUAGAUGGCCUAAGACAUUUACAUGAUUGUGUUGAAAAAUUGAUUCAACUUCCCCUUAUCCAAAAAGCCCUCCUCCAAGAGUGUGAAGAUAAUUUAUUAGAUGAGCUUUUGGAUGGAUCACUAAGGCUCAUAGACACAUGUACAAGUGCCAAAGAUUCGUUGCUUCACACAAAAGAGUGCAACCGCGAGCUACAGUUGAUUAUAAGGAGGAAAAAAGGAGGCGAUUUGGAGGAAGCUAAGAAGUUCUUGACUUCAAGGAAGGUGGUGAGAAAGGCCAUCAUGAAAGCCUUAGGAAACAUGAAGGGUUCAAGUAGAAAAAGCAGCUUUUAUUCCACAAACGUGGCCUUGAUUAACUUGUUGGAAGAAGUGGAAGUGGUCACUCUUUCUGUUUUCAAGUCGCUGCUGAGCUUUAUCUCUGGAUCAGCACAAGCAAAAUCAAGCAGAUGGUCUUUGGUAUCGAAGAUCAUCCACAAUACAAAAACGGUAGCAGAUGAAGAGAAUGAAUUUGCACAAGCAGACGCAGCACUACAAUUUUUUGUACUUAGCAAGUCAGUGUCAGAAAACACUAGAAAUCUGCAAACACAGUUGGAAAAGCUCGAGUCUCAAAUAGAAGAUCUUGAAGAAGGGCUUGAGUUUUUGUUUAGGCGUUUGAUUAAGAUCAGAGUCGCCCUUCUUAAUAUCUUCAAUAACUAGGGUAAUAAAUCUGGGGGCAUCAAAACUUUUGCAGUACUACAGAUAUUUUUACAUGUACAUGGAAAAAAGAUUAAUUGUAGCUUUCUUUUUUAUCAUCAAAGUAUACUCUUAACCUUUGGUUGCAUUGUAUGAUUAUAUCAUUG